AUGGCCGUGGAUCUGGGCCACGUGCACGGGGAUCUUUGCGAGCCCCUGCUGGCAAAGCUGACAUCGAAGGUGAACGAGGCAGCAGACUACUUCGAUGCGGAGCGCGUCCUCGUGAUGGGGUACAGCAUGGGCGGCUUCGGAGCACUACAACUCGGCUGCCACGCGCCUGAGGCCUACGAUGCCGUGGUCUCGGUUGCUGGCUACGGCAUGGGCACCUCCGAGUCAACGGAGAGGUCGGGCGCUCCGCAGCCCAAAGGACGUCGGGUCUUCGACUGGUAUCUUCACCAACAGAUCCCGCGUCUUGCCGAUGUGCCCAUCGUCCUGGGAGUCCACUCCCCCAGCGACACGGUCUCCAGUUUCCGAGACGUGAAAGCCAUCAUCGACACGGUGAGCGAAACGGCCCACCGGUCAAGCAAGCGCUGCCACACCUGCAUGGUGGAGGUGCCAGAUGAGCUGUCAAACUCCGACUAUCCCAAGAAGAGGAGGGCCACCGCGUCGGGGCACGGCUAUUUCAACGUGUCCCUUCUGAAGGACCGGAGCGAUCAGCUACUUUGGGAAGAGCUCCGAAACCAACUCUCCCGCUCCGCAAAGCGUCAGCGGGACCCCGAGUCCGAUCUCUCAGCAGCGAGCUGGAAGCGAGAGAAGAACGAGAACGACGCCUACGACCCACCCUCCAAGCGCUGGCGCUGGUGGCAGGCACCCGAAGGAGCGCAAGCGGAGGGAGGCGCUCGGCAUCCUGAGAUGUCGCAAAGUGACGCCGAGCUUGCAACUGUGGGGAAGCUGCUACUGAAGCACGGCGUGUCUGUGCAGAAGGCAGGGCUUCUUGCGGCGCAACUCACUGGCCGGCCAGUAGAGAAGGCCCAUGACAUCGUCAAGGCCCAGGCGCUUCAAGGCUCGGACGCGAGGAAUCGCGCAGACGCGUCACCGCUGCCGGGGCAGGAGGAGAACCUCGAAUACAAGCAGAUAUGCAGCUUCAAGCGAGGAUGGGUCUGCCAAGCUGCCCCGCUCCUAGAGUAUUGCAACGCUGACGCAGUUUCCUGUCUCCAUUUGCCAAAGCCGCCUUGUGAAGCGGGAAUCGAGGUGGAUUGCAGCAGACCACACCCAUCGCCAAGCAUAUCAGCUUUUGAAGUGGUGGGUACCAACCAAGACAGCUGGCUGGCCGUCUCUGCCUUGAUCGCCUUGAUCGUCCUUUCUGUCCGUCCAAUAGCAUACUAUGAAGGAGUCAGCUCCUUCGCUCUUGUGCUGGUGUAUGUUGCCAGCAGCACCCUGACUAGAAUAUGGGUAAAGAAGGUCCCUAGCCUGGGCCUCCCGCAUCCCGACUCCUUGGCCGCAGCUCACAUGAUUGAAACUUGUAUUGUCACGCUUUUCUUUCAGAGGCCCGAGCUGGAUCAGGCCGGACCAGUCUUCUCGGUUGCUGCCCUGAAUGGGGCCUCCAUGUUGACGAGCAACGGAUCGGUCCCUUUGUUCACCUGGUCCUUGGAGCUCAGCCUCAGAAAGCGCACCUGUAGGGAGCAGCCGUAUCGCGUGCCCUAG